AUGAUGAGUGGGAAGAAGCAGGUGGUUAGUUGUGGGAACUUGUUACAACCAUUUCACCUCCUCACAAUCACCCUCCUCAGUCUCCUCCUCCCCCUCUCAUUUCUGCUUCUAGCCAGGCUCUCUACUGCCCAAUAUCUCUUAACUUUCACUACUUCUCAAACUACACCACAACCCCUCUCUCUCUUAUUCUCUCUUUUCCUCUACACAAAUCCAACUAUUCUACAUGUUCUGGUUUCCCUUGUUUGUGUUGCCACUCUCAUUCAUGGCUUGACCUGUCGGAUUACGCUUUUUAUAAUUAAUUAUGAGGAGUCAUCGUGGUCGUCGUCUUCAACACCUACAGUGCGACCACCUCGUCUGUACACUGCAUGGAUUUUGCUUUGCACGUUACAAGUUUGUGUGGGUUUGGGCAUAGAAGGAAGCAUAGCCGCUGGAAUUGAUGGUUAUACAGGAGGACUGGUACAGGUGGGUCAUGAGAGAAAUUUGGUAAGUAGAAUUGUUUUCUUUCUCGGGUUACACGAGACCAUGCUUCAUUGGUCCCAGUUGGUUGUGAAGCCCGUGGUUGACGACACAGUUUAUGGGUUCGCCAGGGAAUUAGAGGUCGGGUGGUUAGAAAGGAUGGCCAUGGCUGCUAGCUUUGGUAGCUUGUGGUGGUGGAGAUUGAGAGAUGAGGUCGAGUCUCUGGUUGUUGUUGCUGAGGUCAAGAGAGAGCUGUCCAUGGGUGUUGGCGUCACCGACUUUGUCGGUUGGUGGUUGUAUUACCUUACUGUCACAAUUGGUAUGGUUAGAGUUGUGAAGGCCCUUAUUUGGCUUGGAAUCAUUUUGUUUUGUAAGAAAAGGCCGACUCCUCCUCUACAGGCCGACUCCCAGUCCCACUGGUUUCAUAUUAUGGAAGAAAAGGUCUGAACCUUGAGUUGUUGUAGUCUUUAAUUUGACCUUUUCUCUUCAUUUGACUUUUACUUUUCUUUUUAUUUUUUCCCUGGUGAAAAUAUUAUAUCCAAUCAAUAUUGUUUUCCUUC